AUGGCGGUCUCACAAGUUUGGAGGUAAGAAUCACUUGUAUUAGUAAUAUACCAGCGAUUUCUGAGGCUUCCUUAACUUAUUUUUGUCCCGUAAAAUAUGAAAUGAUUAAAAGAAGAGAUUUUUGUACAUAAUUAUGUAUUAGUAAAAGUAAAUAUGCGUGUAAUUAAUGUUGUUCAAAAAACGGCAAAAAUUCAAUAUGGUGGCCAUUCGCAUUGAAAGCAUGCUAUUGCGGUAUUGCGCUUCUAGCAGCAUUAUCUGCAACAAAAAAUAGCUUUUUUGCAGGAUGAAGCACUGUUACGAUAAAGAAGAUAUCUCAGCUCACGAGACGCGGAUUUGUAUUCUCCUACAUAAAGCGCCGAACUUAUAUGGCACCGACAGUCAGUUGUGCUCGUUGAGAUUAGCUCAAAGCUUGAUCUUCAAACAAAAUCGAACAGGCCCGAAUCGUAACGAAAGUCUGUUUUCGUUCGAAAAGCGAACUUUAUUAAUUAUGUGUCCGAUUUCGUUUAAUGACCAAAGAUAAGCUGACUUCAUCUUCCUGAGUUAAAUUUCGUUCAAUGGAAAUUUGCGGAUAUCGGUUUCAUGUGAUCUCGGGGGGUAAAAGUGGCGAAGGGUCAAACGUAUCAGAGAUGUCAAGUACAAAGGUUUAGCGCGACCUGUUUAACUGGAAGCGAGAAGCGUUUUGCCUAAAAUGUUGAAGUUCUAGGCUUUCUAUUGAGUAACUUAAUAUUAAGAAGUUUUUAUUAAAUAUGCUCCUUUGCUCCGUGCUGUUAUUCCUUGUACUAUCCACUAUCAGGCACAGAUCCAGAAACAAAUAUACACGUGAUCACUUUUUGAUCACUUGUGAGCCGAAGAGACGAAGGGAAACUAGGUCCCACAUUCACUUAAAAACUGAUUUAAGUUUAAACUUACCUUUCAUUGUGAAAUAUCUGACUGUUUUCAGUGAUACGGUGGAAACCGGUGCGGUGGAGCUGCGCCUGACUAUUCAUCAUAGCCAUGUUAUGUAUGUGUCACUUCGACUGUGUCGAAUAGGUUAAUAACACGGGGUCAAAUACGUGAGCAUUGUAUUUACUGUUAAUAUUUGAUUCACCUCAAAUUUUCGUACACUAGUAGAACAAACUAUAACCAUAGAUCAGCAUCCUAGAUAAUGCUACAAAAACCGUAAAAAGCAGAUUAUAUCCAAUGUACCUUUUUAUUAUACAAGUCAGUAAAUCGAACCGAAUUUGCUACUGCUUUGAUAUUUGCUUUACCGCGUGGAGCUAGGGAAUUUUCCCUUUCCCAUAAUGCACCAUCGGAAUUUAUCACGAGACUGUAGAAUUUCCUGCUUUUACAGGUUUUCUUUGAUUUAGGCCCAGUUCAAACGUCGAAUUUCACAUGUGCCGAACUUAAUUCCUGUUUUAGGGCCUCUUCAUAUGAGCCCGGUUGACCGGGCUGGCUCGGUUACCGGGAUGAAUUUUGCUUUGGGUUCAUAUGAGAAAUUUCAGCCCGGUUUCCGAGAUGAGAAAAGGUCAAAGAUCCUGGGUACGAAGCCAUCCGGACCGCCAGAAUUCAUCCCGCCGUUCAUCCCGGUAACCGGGAUGAAGUGUUCAUAUGGCAAAAUUUCCAGCCCGCUUACCGAGAUCUCGGUUGGAAAAACCGAGAUCUCGGGAACCGAGCCAGUCCGCCCUCUCAUAUGAACACAUCGAAAAUUUUACAAAGGAUUUAGAGGUGAGGCGAGAUCUCGGAAACCGGGCUCAUAUGAAGAGGCCCUUAGUCGACUAAAAUAGUUAAAUACGGCAUUUGAUUCAAACUUCAAAUUGAACUCUCUGAACUCUGUCGAAUUUAACUCUGCUCGCUGUCAAUAUUCUCAGUAAUAUGAUAAUAAUUUACAAAAAUUUAUGCAUUAAAUUCGGCACAUUUGAAAUGCGACGUUUGAAUCAAAAGUCGAAUCUUCGACUGUUUCAGUCCCAGAUACGGCAAACGUCGCAUUUAAUUUAAUCAGUCGAAUUUAAUUGAUUCAAACGUCGCACUUCAUAUGCAUUUAACUCUCGCGUUGAGUUCGGCACAUGUGAAAUCCGACGUUUGAACCGGGCCUUAUAGUAUAGAUAGUAUACUAUAAUCAUGUUUUACGCUGGCGGUAAUAAAUAAACUAUUUUGAAGAGUGUGCAGUUUACUUCAAAAGAAGUCUGGUGCACAGCAGUGGCUAUCGAUUUCAAUUAAGCCUGGUUUGAUAAUCGUCCGAAUAUUGUAUCGAUCGUCUAUGAUCAUCAUGUUUCAGGCGAUAUUUAUAUAACUCCUUUGAUGCAAAACGGGACAAUCCGAACAAGACUUGGCUGGAUAGACCUGAGGCCGUAAAACGGCUGGUUUAGUUAAAUUAAUCUCGGCCUAGCCAAACUUUGGGACGUUUAGGGUGAACCGAUACGACGAUUGUACAUCAACGUACGAAGACUCAAUUCCCGAGCCAUACUUGAAUGUUUUAGUCUGUACAUGUAAAAAUAAACAAUUCAUAUUGUAAAUCGCUUUCGUCCCUUUCAUCCAAAGGUGACCUCUUGGCAUCCGCGGCGUUUCUCGGCCCUAACAAAAACGUCAUAUAAAUACAUCGUUCACAAAAAUACCAGUAAAGCUAGCUCAAGCUCUUUGGGACUGCGUCAGCCGGCGUACAAAGUAAAACCAGUGAGCUAAAAAUCUCGCUGGAAUCGCUCUGAAACGGCUCUACAGUAAACGCCACGGAAACAUAGGUAAUACAAAGAAGAGAGGAACAAAGUCGCAUUUGUAUUGGAAAUUUCCUUUCCGCCAUGAUUCGAUCUAUCAUGUACGAUCGUUACAUUUCCAAACGUAGAAACUCUUAGCAUUUUGUACGCUGUUAUGCAAUGUGUCCUAAAGAGCUUGGGGUUAAGUUACCUCAGUCAGGGUUAGACUGAUAUAUUAUGCUCUAAAAUUUGAGCAUUAUGCUUUAGCGUCACCCUAAAAACAACAGCAUUAAGCUUAAAAUUAUGCUCGGGAAGUCAGUCACUUGGUCAGUAGCAUUAUGCUUGACUGAUCUUGGUAUAUUUAAUGCCCUUUUCCAUCCCCGCAGACAAAGUCAGAAAUACAACAUUUUAUUGCAUCAGUUACAAAUCCCGAACAAGCAGCCUUGAUGGAUUAUACCACUGGCAAGCCUUAACAGGCUAGCAAAAUGCAACGGUGCAACAAGACCGCAUUGAAAGCUAUCCACCAAGCUUUUGAUUACGGUAUGUUGAGUCUGUUAAUCAUACUAAAAGCACCUGAAAGUAAACAAUUUCUCAGCACUGCAUUAUACUCGAUGCCCCGACUGUAAAAUUAUGCUCAAAAUUAUGCCAGCAUAAUGUAUCGAUCUAACCCUACCUCAGAGUUAACUGUGGAACCAGUCAUAGCUUUUUGUUAAUAUUCUGCAUGCAGUUUCGCACGUACAACAUGCACGUGACUUUCUCGUGAUAUUUAAUUUGUACGCACUGUCAAAAGUUUCCAUAUUUUGCUAGACUACGAAUACGUAGUUCCUCAUUUUCUUACGGCUUGGAGUGUUUUCCCUUGAUCGUAUUCCGGAAUAACAAUUCUCAGAAAUUUGUGGCAAAUCUCUUCAACCAUAGAUUUUUUAACUGUCAACGCAAGUAUUUCAGUAGGCUCGAUUUCCGCCGUCUCCCGGGUCCGGUCUUUGAUCCUUCCCGAAGAGAGACGGCUGGACGUGUGACCCGUUGACCUUGUCUGUGACGUAAUUGGAAAGUUGAUAAUUUAGGCGUCUCCGAUAUCACUGGAAGUUAUUACUGGGCUGCCUGUGCGCCCAGUCAUAAAAUGGGCUUUCGCUCGUCUGCGGCGAAAAACGGCCUCCCGGGGGAGGGAAGACACGAGGGUCUGGUACCGAGAAACGAUGUUCUCACAAAUGGUUUCAUAUGAGUUUCUCUUGCACGGAGCCUUGCACGGAUACUUUUUGUACCUCGUCUGCGUUCCCCCUGAAAAACCCACAAAGCGUUGCGAACCUGAAGAAGGCUAUUUGCGUUGUUCGAAGCGAUUCGAUCAUGGGAGUCACUCUAUAAUUUUUUUAUUGUUCGAGUUUAAGUCAGUUAGAUGAUGUUGACGCUGGGAAACUCAGAGAAAUGCUCGCGUUGCAUUCAAACCGACACGCUGUUCACGGUAGGUUCACACUAAAAGAUGACUGUGAGCGUCAGGUUUGGAACGCCGUGGCCGCUUCGUGAACUCAAAGAGAGGAUUAUCGAUCGAUGUAGUACAUGAGCAAUUAAGAAGCACAAUUUAUGAGCAAGGUAUUUCACCAGUUGACGACACUAUGGCUGAAGACUUGAUUGUAAGCCUUCGUAGUCAGUGAAGCGAACAACUUAGUUGCCGAUAAAUGGCACUACGCACGUCCAUGAGCGAGGGACUUGACAACUUUGCCAUGUUAGAAGACUGGCUUUUCCUUUAAAUAUUUCCUUCUAUUUAAUGCAACACACGCCACUUUGGAGGUCUAAAUUUCGGAUACUGAGGAUAAAAAAGACACGGACAAAAAUAGGGACUCUGAGAAUUUCGCACACAAGUUUAAAGCUUCACCGGGACAUCCCAUCCGGGAGCUUCACAGAGAGCGACUUGAGGAAAAUAGGAGCUAUUACUGACAAGGUUUGGUGACUGAGUAGAGCAUACAAGUGUAGCCCACGUCGAGGUUUCAGGGGGUUUGCUUUUGUUUGUAUUUGUAUCUUGCUAAGCUUUUAUCAUUAAAUUUGUACAUGAUCUUGUGAUCACAAUUCUGUGUUUUCGCCCAUUCAGCAAGCACGCUAUAUUGAUGUCAGCAUUAGCGAGUUUCAGAAACAUGCCUUUGAAAGUUUUCAGCUCUCGUGAUGUUUCUUGAUAUUUCUUUUACCAUUUUAUGAAGAUGUAAACUGAAGUCACCGCAAAAUGGAAAUAAUAAGCGUAUAAUGCAUUUAUCUCGAAACAUAGCACACGACUUAUACGACCUUUAUUUUCGUAAAGGUGUUUUGAAUACGAACGAACACAGUCAAUGUGAGGGGCAAAAACAGCAUUUUUAACAUAAAUGAACCAUAGGGUUUUAACUAAUGUAAGGGUCAAUUAUUGUGCACUGAGAUGAAUCGCUUGAAAAGAGAGACUUCGCUUGAAGAUGUGAUCAGAAGUAAACAAAGGCAUAAUAGUGCGUCACGUUCAGUCUUUUUAACAUCCAAGGAGUCACUGUGAAUAGUGUUUCCAUAUUGUUUAGCUGGCACAAAAACUUCGGACGAGUUAUAAAGCGGCAGAGUUAUCUUCCAUGAAGAAAAGUUCGUCUUGGGUGAGACAAACAGAACUGGAGCGAAUUUUUAACUCGCAUCGGUAUCAGGUAAAAAAUAUGUUAUCGAUCGUUUCAUCUAUUUACAUUGUUUGAAGUGCGUGCUGGUGAACGCAACAUGCGAGCGAGAAAUCUUUAAACUUUUUUAGGUGUCAAAAUGCAAGGGAUUUUAUUCCUUUAAGUUAGAGAAAAAUACCAUGAGGGAAAUCUUAAAACUGAAUAUUUUUCUUCUUGUGGAAAAAAUAGUGUGUUUUCUUGUAGACUGUGGACCGCAAAUUAGGAUCGCACUUUUCACAAACAUGCGAAUUGUGAAGUUCAGAAGCCAACCGGCGAUUGCGUUUUACGCUGCUGUCAAUCAUCUUAACGGACCUCUUAGGAAACAAAACUUUACUUCACGGGUUCAAAAGGUCAUGGUUUGUGAUUUGUGGAUUUCGAUCCGUUUGGUGUGUUUCUCUGUUUCAAGGUUCGUUGCUUGUGAUCGUAAUUAUGAUUGACGGCAGCGAUAAACACAAUUGUGAAGGUGGCUUUUGAACUUUAGAGUUCGCAUGUUUGUGAAAAGUGCAGUAAAGUCUACGUGCAGUCAGUGAGGCCCCUGGAUCAGGCGGGAUCAAUGGGCAGUUAACUGUCUGUUUUAGUAUACUUCUGGUUUUCAUACAAUACAAUAUUUCUGUCUAGUGUAAAUCAGCUCAUUAUACUCGUAGAACGACAACAAUUUUUGGAAUUUCCAGUUACGCCAAAUUAGUUCACGUUAUACUGUCACGCUAUAUUUUGGGGCACAGAGGGAUUAGGGGAGGGGUACGUGGAAAUAAUGCAAAUUGUUUCCUGCUUAGAAUUAAUUGCUAACUUGUCUAUUUUUAUUCAUAAUGGCGGAAUUUAAAAGUUAUUAUACAGCCCCCACUUAAAAAUGGUACUCUUUUUUUUUGGUUACGAAAGUCUUUCAAAAGGGUACAAUGUUCUGAAUGAGUUUAUGUUUCAGUCUCACAUUGGGUUCUGUCGCAUGCAAUGGUUGCCGACAAGGUUUUAUGGUAGCCUGAGUGUGUAUAGCCGCCCCCUCCCCUCAGAAAAAAUAGCCCCUUGUCAGCCCAGUUAAAAAUCGCCUUUCGGCGAUUCUUGUUUCUUAUUUAUUUGGCUCAAAAUCACAUCAAGCGUACCCUUACCCACCCAAAUGACUUUCGAAAUAGUUUUUUCGGUACAUUUCCCUACAUUUUGAAAAAGAUUCUUCGGUACAUUUCUGUACACUCCGACAUGUAGUUAAUUUUCUUUGGUCUUCGAAUAUUGGUUGCGUCUUCUGUGGGUCCGAACUAACUGAUUCUUGGAAGCGGACCAAAUUAAAUGGAAAAGUUUCUGAUUUACCAGACAGAAUUUCCAGCGUAUUGAAUGUUCCUCUGUCAAAUAUAAACGUGGACGGUUACAUCUGUAACGAACGCAGUUAUCGAGACAUAAAGCGCCUUGAAAAGAUCCUUGAAGAUGCAAAAUCUCUCCAACCACACUCAUCAACAACAAACAAUCGAACAAAACUUUGUGUUCCUUUCGGGACUCUAGAAUUUCGCCUAGUGUCUCCGCGCCGUCGAAAUCGCCCCGCCAUGCGAUGGAUCAAGGACGGACUUUCUGUUUUGAUGUGAUAAUUUCUGCGACAAUCUUUGCCAGACGAAAAUCUGCAGGCGGUAAAAUGAUUGGCUUAAACCAACAAAGGAAAUCGCACGCGUCCAGCCGCUUUCUCGGGGGAUGAGUGUGGGCUCAUUUCCCGAACAGCGGCUGGUAAUCGAGCCUAGUAUUUCAGACGAAGCCCCGUUUUCAAUGUAUUUAUGGGGGAUGGGGUGUUUUGAUCCUCGAAGGCAAUUAACGAACCCUAUCCGCGCCAGUGGUCUAGCAUUGAACUUAGUUACUUCUACUCAGCUCCUUCUGAUAAUUUUAAAAUUGCUGUGACUAUUCAUCUUCCAGCGGAGAGGCGACUAACUCAUCAUGUGCAUGCGAUGGUGAAGAGUUCUAUCUGCUCGAGGUUAGUUACUGUGUUACAUAAUAAACCUACCAUUGGCUAUAGACUGCCCAAAUAUAAUCCACGUAUUGUCAUCCAGCUAUUAAUUAAUAUUCAUCGGAGCCUCGAAGCCUAUGUAUUUAUUAGCCUUCGUACCUGGCGGUAUUGUGUAGUAGUCGAGUGAGAUUUGGCGGCGAAGCCUCCCUCCGCCCACCAACCCUUCAUCACUCCAUCUACCUCUUUCUCCCUCCAUCCCCGCUUCAUACCAUACCACCCUCUAAGUCUAAUUCCACUUCCCGCCUUUCGUCCCUCCACUAUUCCUUUUGAUUCUUCCUCCCUCCAAGCAUCCGUUGAUUCGUUUAAUUAAAAUGUUGACUAGUUAUAGCAAUCGCUAAGUGCCAACGAGCAAAGAUUUUACCUAUACGCGCGUGCUGUUCGAUUUGUUCAGAAAUGUCAUGAAUUACCGUAAUUUACAAGAAUACAGGCUGCCGGUUAGUCAUGUUUCCGUCAUGGAACUCACUCAUGCAUCAUAUUUAUAUGCACGUGUUCGCUCGAAAACAAUGCAUUCUCUGUUCUGCUUUACGUCAUAAAAGUUACCUUUCACUACCUUAUGUUACAUCGCUUCGAUCAGAUUCAUUCAGCCUUGGAACUUAUUAUGCUGGCCUUAUUAUGCUGCCGCCUCGCAGCCUCGCGUCUUUGCAAGGCUGCUCGUUGGCAAUUAAGUCUUACUAAUUGAUUACAAUUGACUGUUUAGUUAGCAGAGCUUCAGGAUCAAGUUGCGGUUGGAGUACAGGGAGUAUGCCCAUUCGCUAAGAUUGGAUGCUCAAAAGCUGAGGUAUUUUCAUUACAGCAGACGUUCAUAAAUGUUCUUUAUAGCCGGUUUUCUUGUGUUUACAACCCUGUACUCUCUUGUUUCAUAUCUUGUGUUUUCUUUGUCUGCGAACGGCAUAAACUCGUCAGUUUCCGUCUAGCUCCCUAACCUUCUAUUCGCCAGUUUUCCUGUAUCAUAUCACAUAAAGAGGGCAUGAAAUAUCGGUGGAGUGACACCAGUCACAGGUAUACAGUUUGUCUCCACCAAACUUAAAUGGGAAAGAAUGUGUGCACUGAGAGGACCGAGCUGGACACGGUCUAUCUCCAAUUUGUGUUUCUUGUCAAGAAACUCAGAUCAAUGGCUUCUCUUUGGGGCCGUGAGUUUGCAUGCACUAUUAAAAUAGGCUCUCGGUUGAAAGUUGUUUUAAAGCAGCUGCAAGCCAGUUUUUAUGAUAAAAAGACAUUGUUAACCACAAUUUAAACAAUUGUUUCCCGUUGCCAAAUUGGAUUCAUUCAUACAGCCUAGAAUUGGAACCAGAUAUAGUUAUUUUCCAUUCUUGUAAUAGGUCCUCAGGCAUAAUGAGAGGAUAGAACACCUAAAGAAGGCAAAGUCUUACCAUACAAUGUUGAUUCUUCACUUUGCGCUCCAUUUGGGUGAACAAAUGAAUUCACUUUUGACAAAUGAGCCCAGCAUGAUGUCUAGGCUGUGCAUCUUCAGAAAUUACGACGACAUUGUUUCCGACAUACUCUCUCAAGUAAGAGCCAAUAUAGCAGCAAACAGGCAUUUACAAAAAGAGUUACAACAACACAGCGAACGAAUCACCUCUUUGGAAAGAAGAGUUAGUACAGGUAUUUUUUCAGAAGCGAUCACAUCUGCUGAUUCUGCUUGCAGGGUAACGAACGAACAGGUGGCAAAUCUUGAGAAAACGACGGCUAAGCACGAGUUGAUCUUAGAAGAAAGAAGCCGCACAAUGAAGCAGGCAAAUAGAGACAUGGGUAAUGCCAGGCGACUGCUUGAUACCAUCCAGGAUACCACCAGGAGGUUAGAACGAAGGAUUGACUCCAUAGAGCACACGCUGGCUCUCAGAAAUGUUGCCCAGGUCAUGAGGCAACGACUGCCUCCUAGUUAUGACGGCCACCUGGUUUGGAAAAUAACAAAAUUUUCGUGGCUGCGAAACGAAGCAGUCAAUGGUCAGCAAAGGUCAUUCCUCAGCCCUUGUUUUUUCACCAGCCCCUGUGGAUACAAGAUGUGCGCCCGCAUAUAUUUAAACGGAGAUGGCAUGGGCCGAGGAACUCACAUCUCUCUGUUCUUUGUGGUCAUGCGCGGUCAGUAUGAUGCGAUUCUCCGCUGGCCAUUCAGACAGAAGGUCACGUUCCUGUUACUGGAUCAAGAUAACGUAGAACACGUGAUAGACGAGUUCAGACCUGAUCCUAACAGCCCUUCCUUUCAGAGACCAAGAAGGGAGGCAAACAUUGCAAGUGGGUUUCCACUGUUCUGCUCGCUUACUCAACUAAGCAGACGCGCCUAUGUGCAUGAAGACACCAUGUUCCUCAGAGUUUUUGUUAGCGACCUGGAAGAUUUUGUCGUACAGGGGCUCUAAACCCGUGAGUUGUUGGUAGACUACUUACUUUGAGGUUAGCGAGUAAGAUGGACGCGUUUUUUAUUUAGCGUCGAAAUCUCUUAAUUUGUGAAAUGAAUAUACGCUGAGAUGCAAUCUGGUGCAUUCUUAGACACAAUUUUGAGAAAUGUUCCAGUGUGUGCACUCAACUCGUCGCGUCUGUAUAAUUUUUCCAAUAUAGUUACUUAUAUACUUACUUAUUCUGUAAUGAUACCAAUGCAUUUUGGGGGGGGGGAAGCUUCUACCCCUCAAAUACCCUAGAUAGAACCCUGUUCUCUCACAGUCUUUAGAACCACUCGAAUUGGCAGGUCCGUUGCUUUGAAAAGUCUAAAAAUGACAAAUAUUUAGACAUCACUACCUGAUCACCUCCACCCUCUCCCUCCAAAAAGAUCUUUAACCUUCUUCAACUAAUAAUAUCAAGCGUCAAACCAAUAUCCUUAUAUCUUCUUCUGUGGCAUCGUGCUUCCCUUCAUUUUGGCAGGCAACGUGUAUAGUAUUGUAAGGUAAUGUAAGUGUUUGGGUCGGCUGACCUUUGCUCAUUCAUUCAUCUCAAAUCCCCUUUGCUGCUUCCAUUGAGCAAGCACUCAUUUGCCUUAGUGUUACUGAAGAUUGUUAAGCCUGUUCCGGUUAUUAUAUAUUUCAAUUUAUUUUUUGGAAACCAUUUUUUAAUUUUUUUGACGUGCUAGGACAGUGCGAUAAUUUUCAAAUUGAAGGUCAGAAGGAAUAUUAAGGUGGCUCGACUGGAUUUUCUGGGGUCGAUACCUCCCAACUUUGAGCAUUAACUACGUCGGCAUGAGUAAAGAUAUGGAAAAAAGGUUACCACAACUGUAUUAUAUAAAGAUAAAAAUUUCUUAUGAUCUGGGUUUUAUUGCAAUCGGAGUCGCCAUGGCAACGUAAUGACGCCAUUACGUUUUUCAUUUAUCUUUGUGUUUCUCUGUUCCAGGAGUUUUUUGAAGAAAUCGCUUAAGGGAGUAUGUACCUGCUAUAAUUGCCUCCAUUAUGGCAUAGUUUGAACAAAUUCUAUGAGAGCGUUUUCGAAAUAUUUUAAAAUGUAGUUUUAAGAAUAAUAAAAACAGUGAAAUAGCAUGCUAGCCACACAAUUCGCUAAUAUUUUAAGAAAAUGAUAAGCUUUGGCAACGAGGCUUCAUCUCAUAUUGAUUUGAUUCCAUUGAAAACUGCAUACCAAAAAAGAGGGGAAUUGCUCUGGGCGAUCGCGAGUAAGAAGAAUUUUAUUAACUUGCAUUCAGCUGCUUUUGAUACAGUUUUUGGACGUAAUUUGGUCCAUGCCCAAAAAUUUCGCAUUUUUCCAAAAACCGCUCGAUAAAUUUUUUUAUAAAUUCGACAAUCCCGAGACCAAUCGUCAAGAAAUAUUCCCUGCAAGUUUCAAGAACAUUGAAAAUAGGGAAGGUUUUUAAAUAGGGCCUCAAAUAUAACAAAUUUUCCCCCCAGAUUUUGUGUUUACAAGUGAGCGUCCUCAUUAUUCACUAGCAUUGUUUUCAAAUUUCAUAUGCACGUGCACAACUAGCAGAAGGUAUAAAUUUGAAUCAAAAAGAACUCUCGAUUACUUUCCAAAGAAAUAUCCGGAAUAUGCUAAUAACUGGCUUGUCGUCACAGAUAGCAGUGAGAGCCGAAACGGUGAAAGUCACGGCUCAUCGUGUGGGAUGCAAUACUUAAUUAUCUUACUCGGGUUAUAACAUCACAGAAACUCUCCCAAAGAGUUGCUCUGAUGUUAUAAUGUAUCAUUAAUCUCUUUACCCGAUAAUUAGCAUAUCCCGGAGAUUUAACCGAGGGUCCUUUUUGAUGCAAAUUCUAUCUUUUUGCUAAAUGUGCACGUGUAUAUGAAACUUGAAAACAAUGCCAGUGAAUAAUGAGGACGCUCACUUGUGAACACAAAAUCUGGGGGGAAAAUUGGUUAUAUCUGAGGCCCUAUUUAAAAGCCUUCCCUAUUUUCAAUGUUCUCAAAACUUGCAGGGAAUAUUUCUUGACGAUUGAUCUCGGGAUUGUCGAAUUUAUAAAAAAAUUUAUCGAGCAGUUUUUGGAAAAAAGGCGAAAUUUUUAGGCAUGGACCAAAUUACGUCCAAAAACUGUAUCAAAAGCAGCUAAAUGCAGGUUAAUAAAAUUCUUCUUACUCGCGAUCGCCCAGAGCAAUUCCCCUCUUUUUUGGUAUGCAGUUUUCAAUGGAAUCAAACCACUAUGAGAUGAAGCCUCGUUGCCAAAGCUUAUCAUUUUCUUAAAGUAUUAGCGAAUUGUGUAGGUAGCAUGCUAUUUCACUGUUUUUAUUAUUCUUAAAACUACAUUUCAAAAUAUUUCGAAAACGCUCUCAUAGAAUUUGUUCAAACUUUGCCAUAAUGGAGGCAAUUAUAGCAGGUUCAUACUCCCUUAAGCGAUUUCUUCAAAAAACUCCUGGAACAGAGAAACACAAAGAUAAAUGAAGAACGUAAUGGCGUCAUUACGUUGCCAUGGCGACUCCGAUUGCAAUAAAACCCAGAUCAUAAGAAAUUUUUAUCUUUAUAUAAUACAGUUGUGGUAACCUUUUUUCCAUAUCUUUACUCAUGCCGACGUAGUUAAUGCUCAAAGUUGGGAGGUAUCAACCCCAAAAAAUCCAGUCGAGCCACCUUAAAGUGUUGAAUUUCGCUAUCUUUGAUUGAUGGAAAACAUCAUUCUAAAAGUUACCAUGAUACUUUUGGGUAUUGUAGUCUAUGAUGGCAUCAAACCUUUCCACGUCGAUUUGACUGAUUAACCAUACUUCUUAAAUAUCAGGGGCACCCAACGAGAAUAUAGUUCAAAACCACUUAAACAUAGCAUUGUUGAACGUAUUUUAGUUUUUAAACGGUAGAUAUGGCCAUAUUUUUAACCCCUAAAAAUUUUUUAUCUGUUCGGAUUUCCUAGCUGAAAGUCUAGUGAUCCGAAAAUUAUAGAGAUCAAAACUUGUCUUUUCGAAAAUUUCAGCCAGAAAAAAAGACUCCCGAAAAUUCUAGGUGACCUUUUUAGGGUAAAAAUCCGUUAAAAACGGGCAAUUAUACCAUUUUGGGGGGGUUCGAAAAUCGUAGGAGAGGCGGGCAAGCAAGAAAUUUAACAACAAAUGUUCCGAAAAUUCUAGAUCUCAAAUCGUCUUCCGAACAGAUAUUUUCCAAAAAUUGUCGUUGGGUGCCCCUGAAAUAUAUACCACCUAUUAACAGAGAGUGAGGUAGUUACAGGGAAAUCUCAGACCAAGGCCAUAAUGUAUUGACCGCCGAACGAUAGCGAGGUCAAUACGGCCGAGUUCUGAGAUGAUGAAAGUAACCACAGGUAUCUCAAACUAAGUGAGAAUCGUCCAUCGUUAUAAGGGUUGGUAUCACGGGGGAUUUUAGCGAUUGUUACUUUGGGGUAAAAAAAAAAGUAGUAAAAAUACAUAGAAUUUCUUUCC